CCUCACACAGACUUUGGAUUCUCACUGGUCCUGAACUCACGAUGCUUGCUGGAUUCCUCUUCUUGCUGCUCCUCACAGAUGGGGUGUCAUCUGAGCGUAACUGCAGUUAUCAGGAUGUUGUAGACUACUUGAACUUGACCAACAACAAAGAUCUGUUCUCUUUGACCCGGCCUGUUAAAAACUACAAACAGCCCACAGAGGUAGAGCUAGUUGUAGCACUCUAUGGCAUUCUCGAUGUGCGAGAGAAAGACCAGAAAUUGGUUCCUUAUGUUUGGAUUGAUAUGUGGUGGAAGAAUGAGUUCAUUGCUUGGGAUCCUGAAGAAUUCUGCGGCAUUCAGAGUUUUUCUUUUCCUGCUGAAUUUUUGUGGAAGCCAGAUAUAACUAUUCAUGAGAUGACAGAAAAGGACAUGGGCCCUCGCAGUCCUUAUCUUACUGUUCACAGCGACGGUUACAUUGGUACUGCGGAUGACAAAGUGCUGAUCAGCACCUGCAGGAUGCGCAUUUUCAAAUUCCCCUUUGACAUUCAGAGCUGCAACCUCACCUUCAAAUCCGUUUCACACACUGAUGACGAAAUACAUCUUUUACAGCUUUUGAACUCUGAACGUACCACAAUGAUGAGUGAUCAUUUGAUUCAGACCCAGUACGAGUGGCUCUUCAUUAACAUGACAGUGGACAACAGAACUGUCAACCAGUUUAACUACACACAAACUCAGAUUGUUUACACUAUCACCAUGAGAAGGAGGUCUGCACUUUACAUCGUCAACUUCUUGCUGCCCGUCAUGUUCUUCUUGAUUCUGGACUUGGCCUCCUUCCUGAUCUCGGACAGUGGGGGCGAGAAGGUCGGCUUCAAAAUCACUGUGCUGCUCGCUGUCACAGUGUUACAACUUAUCCUGAAUGAAAUUCUGCCUGCCACGUCAGACAGGAUCCCACUUAUAUCGAUCUACUGUCUUGGGAUUUUCUCUCUGAUGAUGCUGAGCCUCCUGGAGACGAUUGUCGUGAUUCAUCUGUUGAAUAAAGAUGCUGUAUCUCGAAACAACGAGGCAGAUCAGGACAAAAGCCUGAGUGAGGUCUGUGGGGACAGACAAAGCAAACUCUGCUUCCACAACUGCUUUAGAGACGCCAAGAAAUUGACUCACUCCGCCUCUGCUGUGCCUGAACUGCUGACGAAGGCCAAAGAGGAAAGCAACAGCCAAUUGAGCGUGGAGUCAGGUGAGUUGAUGGUGGCGCUGAAAACACUGGCUGUGGUCCUCAACAACAGGAAGGAAGAGCAGAAGCCUGGCUACUGGACCAGAAUGACUAAAAGAAUCAACAAAGUUUUCUUCAUUUGCUAUGUCAUAGCUGACACUCUGUUUUUAAUCGUUUUGUUUUCCAUUUGGACUAGUGAAUAAAAUAAUAGUGCUAAAUAAUGAAGCAGGUAAGAUGUUAAUUU